AGUUUCUCGUUUAAAUCAAUCCCUCUCUCUCUCCAUCUUUUGAUUUUCUUAGAACCUUUAUUUAUUGCUUUUUCCGUCUUCUUUAUUUUUUUGGCUCAAAGAGACAAUCAUCUCUCUCCACUGUCUUUAUGUUCUUACUCAAACCAAUCCAAGCCAAAACAAAACCACAGAAUCAAAUCUUCUUUCUCAUACCUUCCUGAGAGAAAAAUAAUCCAUUCAUGAAGCCAUCAGCUUCCUUUACUUUCUCACACUUUCUUGCACUCUACUUUCUUCUCACAUUGACCCAUGUAGCUCAAGCUUCCCAUCAAUGGCAAUCACCAAUCAAAACCGUCGUUGUUUUGGUCAUGGAGAAUCGGUCCUUCGAUCACCUCCUAGGCUGGAUGAAGAAAUCGGUUAACCCUUCCAUAGACGGUGUAACGGGUCAAGAAUGUAACCCGGUUCCGAAUUCUACUCAAACCAUAUGUUUCACGAGUGACGCUGAGUUUGUGGAUCCGGAUCCGGGUCAUUCGUUCGAAGCUGUGGAGCGACAGGUAUUCGGCUCGGGUCAGGGCCAGAUCCCGUCAAUGAUGGGUUUCGUUGAGCAAGCGCUGUCGAUGCCCGGUAAUUUGUCGGAAACCGUCAUGAAAGGCUUCCGGCCUGAAGCUGUACCGGUUUACGCUGAGCUGGUUAAAGAGUUCGCUGUGUUCGACCGGUGGUUUUCUUCUAUUCCUGGUCCGACUCAACCGAACCGGUUGUUUGUCUAUUCUGCUACUUCACAUGGUUCUACAAGCCAUGUCAAGAAGCAGCUUGCCCAAGGGUAUCCUCAAAAAACAAUAUUCGAUUCGCUCCACAGCAACGACAUCGAUUUCGGAAUAUACUUCCAGAAUAUUCCGACAACACUAUUCUACCGUAAUCUCCGACAACUGAAGUACAUAUUCAAAUUUCAUCAAUACGAUCUAAAAUUCAAGAGAGACGCAGCAAAAGGAAAGUUACCGAGCUUAACCGUCAUUGAACCGAGAUAUUUCGACCUCAAGGGCUUACCGGCCAACGACGAUCAUCCAUCGCAUGACGUGGCCAAUGGUCAGAAGCUGGUUAAAGAAGUGUACGAGACACUUAGGUCGAGUCCACAGUGGAACGAGACGCUCCUAGUCAUAACCUAUGAUGAGCAUGGUGGAUUUUAUGAUCAUGUGAAGACCCCUUUUGUCGGCAUACCAAAUCCGGAUGGGAAUACCGGACCGGCUCCUGGCUUCUUUAAAUUCGACCGGUUAGGUGUUCGGGUUCCUACCAUUAUGGUUUCACCUUGGAUUCAGAAAGGAACCGUGGUGAGUGAGGCAAAAGGACCAACAGAGAGCUCAGAGUUCGAGCAUUCAUCAAUACCAGCGACAAUCAAGAAACUUUUUAAUCUUUCUUCCAAUUACUUAACACACAGAGAUGCUUGGGCUGCAACUUUCGAAGACGUGGUUUCUCACUUAACCUCUCCUCGAACUGAUUGUCCCAUGACUUUACCUAACGUUGCACCCAUGAGAACCACUGAGCCUAAUGAAAACGCAGCCCUUUCUGAGUUUCAGGGUGAAGUGGUUCAGCUUGCAGCGGUUCUUAAUGGCGAUCACUUCCUCAAUAGCUUCCCGGACGAAGUUGGGAAGAAGAUGAAUGUGAAACAAGCUCAUGAGUAUGUCAAAGGAGCUACUUCUCGGUUUAUUAGAGCUAGCAAAGAAGCAAUGAAGCUUGGUGCCGAUAGAUCUGCUAUUGUUGAUAUGCGAUCUUCGCUCACUACACGGCCACGCAACCUGUGACAAACGAAAAAGAAUGAUAACAAACAUUUGUGAAAAUUUGUAGGUUUGUUUUUGUGUUUCCUUGCAACUUUUAUUCCUCUGUUUUGAUCUGGAAAAUGUGUGAUUUGGUGCUUGGAAACUGAAAUUUAAAAACAAAGUAGACAAACUACUUUGUUAGUGUCACUA